AAAAAAAAAACAAAUAAAAAAAAAAAAACCUCCAAAACAGGCUGCACAAUUAGCUAUGCACACCGAUGCUGGACUUUGUGAACAGAGACCGUUGGGAGGAAAAUCUUGAACUAUGAUCCUGGGCUAAGCUGUGAAUCAUUACUGGAAACGUGCCCCCACCCCUAAGACUGAGAGAUUUGGGGGCAUCUCACGCCUAACCAAGUGGAAAGGUUUUUUAAAAAAACAAAUAAAUAUUCGUAAGCAAAGCAGAAGCCUGGUUUUGCAGAGCCUCGGACUCUCGGCCGAAAGAGGUAGAGUAAAAGUGUUCCUGGAUUCCGCUUUGCCUUCCUCCUCCCCCCACGCUUUUUCUCGUUUUCUCCCCCCACCCCCCGACGUAAAUCCGGCUUUUUUGUUCUUGUUGUUUGUUUGUUUUUUUUUGUUUUUGUUUUUCCUAUUGAGUGAGUCAGAGAAAGCCUUAAGAAGAAGCCUCAACUAACGACUGCGAAGGGAGGACCGUGAGGGGAGAGUGAAUACGAUUCGUUCCGCUGCUUCUGACUCAUCCCGCAGAUCAGAACACCUGCAUUUCUGGAUGUGUCAUUCCCGUAGACCGAGGCGCCGGGAGAAGCGGAAAUAAUGUGUAGAUCAACCCGUGCCUAACCUCCCCUCGGAGGUGGAGGAGGUAGUUUCCCCGGGUGGGCGCCCUGGCAGAACCGCGGUAGCUGCAGCUCUUCACCCUCUCUGCUUUUCCCAAGUCGACCAGAGAGACCGUGAGAGCCAGACUGCAGAAUGCAUCACGCCAAGCUUUGAUGUAUUCCGUCCACCCUACUCCUCCAAUUUAAAAUAAUAAUAUUAUUAUUAUUAUUAAUAAUAAUAAGGGAAAAAACCCCUACACUGUAUUCUCUUCAAAUAUUUGCCACUCUUGUUCCUCGCCAGGGUUUUCCUUUCUAGAUGAAAAGGAGGCUGGGCCACUGGAAGGAGGUGCUGAAUAGAAAGAAAAGAGCCACUUGACAGCCCAGCCCUGUGAAUGCAGAGACUGUUUCCCUUCUAGCGAGAGACAGGGCGAGUGUGUGUGUGUGCUAGGACUGGGAGGGUAGCUCCCUCCUCCUUUCUAGUCUGCCCUUCCCCCCUCGCCACCCCCCUCAAAUCUGCACGUCUAACCAUGAGUUGCCUGUUGAUUUCCAUUCGCCUGGCAAGAGAGGCAAACUGGAAUUAAACUGCAGGGAGAGAAGUCUUCGCUUGCAGGAAGAGGAUGGGAUGGUAGUGGCGGCUCCCGGCUUGGCGUAGAGACACCAGAGUGUUCUACGAACAGAGGCGGAGAUAUCUCUCUCUCUAUUUUCUCCUCCCAAUAGGCUCUCGGCGCAAAUGCUGAUCAGGCUGUGGCUUUCUUGAUUUUGGGGGAGAACCCUCUCCGAGGAAGAGGGAGGAGCUUGGUAGGGGGGAGGAAACUACAAAUCGGGACACUUUUUUUUUCCUCUGCAUUUCCUCCCCCUCCCUCUGGCUGCUCGGAAAGAAGAGAGAAAAAGAAGAGAGAGAGAGAGAGAAAAGACUUGGCUCGGAGAUGCAGUCCGCUGCCGCCGCCGCCUAAGCCAACAAGGCAAGAUUAGAUCUUUAAAUGCAGCAAUACACUGCCUGAAAGCCGAGCAUCCUGCAUAGCGAGCAGACAUUUCUCCGUGCGCCAGGGCAGCCUCAAAUAUGCAUAUGUAUCUGUGACUCUUUCUUCGUCCCUACUCAUUCCCAUCAAUCGCAUCACCGAAUACGAGUAACUAAAGGAUUCCACUUUCUGAUCUGCCUGGAGACACACCUCCCGAAGCCCUCCCCCACCCGAUUUGAAGAGUAUUCUGUAGGCUGCUGGAGGGAGUGGAUUUUGCAGCGCCUAGCGGGAGUGAGGAAAACCCAGCAAUUCUUCAGCUCAUUAUCAUCUCUUCCAGACUCCGAUUUCCUUUUUAUCGCCAGCCUCAUCACGCAAGUUUUAACCUCCCGAAGUCCAGGCGGGAGAGACAAAGCCUUUGGCUUGCCCUCAGCCGCAGGGAGUCGCCGCCUGGCUCCGAGCUGCUGCAGCUUCGCUGCGCGGCUGCAUCUCUCCCAGUGCGAAUGCUGUAGAUCAACAGGUUCGGGCAACUUGAGCGGAAUAAGGAGAGACUGCCUGGUGCCGCAGCCCGGGUGCGGAGGAAAGGAAAGACUCGCUGACUUGUGGCUCGCUCAGAGCUCGCACGCUCCGCCCCGGUUCCAGACUGGCGCGCACCCACCAGCUAGCACCUCCAGUCCGGCUGCUCCUGUUCCCACCCCACCGGUCUGGGAUGUACCUUUCCAUCUGUUGCUGCUUCCUUUUGUGGGCCCCUGCCCUGACACUCAAAAACCUCAAUUACUCGGUGCCAGAAGAGCAAGGGGCCGGCACGGUGAUUGGCAACAUCGGCAAGGAUGCCCGACUGCAGCCCGGGCUUCCGCCGGCUGAGCGCGGCGGCGGCAGCGGGAGGAGCAAGUCUGGCAGCUACCGGGUGCUGGAGAACUCCGCACCUCAUCUGCUGGACGUGGACGCCGACAGCGGGCUCCUCUACACCAAACAGCGCAUCGACCGUGAGUCCUUAUGCCGCCACAAUGCCAAGUGCCAGCUCUCCCUAGAGGUGUUCGCUAACGACAAGGAGAUUUGCAUGAUCAAGGUAGAGAUCCAGGACAUCAACGACAACGCUCCCUCUUUCCCCUCGGAUCAGAUAGAAAUGGACAUCUCAGAGAACGCGGCACCCGGCACCCGCUUCCCCCUCACGAGCGCACACGACCCAGACGCUGGCGAGAACGGGCUCCGCACCUAUUUGCUCACCCGCGAUGAUCAUGGCCUCUUUGCCCUGGACGUCAAGUCCCGCGGCGACGGCACCAAGUUCCCAGAGCUGGUCAUCCAAAAGGCACUGGACCGCGAGCUGCAGAACCACCACACUCUGGUGCUGACCGCCCUGGAUGGCGGGGAGCCUCCACGCUCCGCCACCGUGCAGAUCAAUGUGAAGGUGAUCGAUUCCAAUGACAACAGUCCAGUCUUCGAGGCUCCGUCAUACUUGGUGGAACUGCCCGAGAACGCUCCACUGGGUACCGUGGUUAUUGAUCUGAACGCCACCGAUGCUGAUGAAGGUCCCAACGGAGAAGUCCUCUACUCCUUCAGCAGCUAUGUGCCCGACCGCGUGCGGGAGCUCUUCUCCAUCGAUCCUAAAACUGGCUUGAUCCGCGUUAAGGGCAACCUGGACUAUGAGGAGAACGGCAUGUUGGAGAUCGACGUGCAGGCCAGAGACCUAGGACCUAAUCCUAUCCCAGCCCACUGCAAGGUCACAGUCAAGCUUAUCGACCGUAACGAUAACGCGCCGUCCAUUGGUUUCGUCUCCGUGCGCCAGGGGGCGCUGAGUGAGGCCGCCCCGCCUGGCACAGUCAUCGCCCUAGUGCGGGUCACUGACCGGGACUCAGGCAAGAAUGGGCAGCUUCAGUGUCGGGUUCUAGGUGGAGGAGGGACUGGAGGUGGCCUGGGGGGUCCUGGUUCUGUCCCCUUCAAGCUUGAAGAGAACUAUGACAACUUCUACACCGUGGUGACUGACCGUCCACUGGACCGUGAGACACAAGAUGAGUACAAUGUAACCAUUGUGGCCCGGGACGGGGGCUCCCCUCCACUCAACUCCACCAAGUCAUUCACUGUCAAGAUUCUGGAUGAGAAUGACAAUCCGCCUCGGUUCACCAAAGGACUGUACGUGCUUCAAGUACAUGAGAACAACAUUCCAGGAGAAUACCUCGGGUCAGUGCUCGCCCAGGAUCCCGACCUGGGCCAAAAUGGGACAGUGUCAUACUCCAUUCUUCCCUCACACAUCGGUGACGUGUCUAUUUACACCUAUGUGUCCGUGAACCCCACUAACGGGGCCAUAUAUGCCCUGCGCUCCUUUAACUAUGAACAAACCAAGGCUUUUGAAUUCAAAGUACUGGCUAAGGACUCAGGGGCGCCAGCGCACUUGGAGAGCAACGCCACGGUGAGGGUGACGGUGUUAGACGUGAACGACAACGCUCCAGUGAUUGUGCUUCCCACUCUACAGAACGACACAGCUGAGCUGCAGGUCCCGCGCAAUGCUGGCCUGGGGUACCUGGUAAGCACCGUGCGCGCCCUGGACAGCGACUUUGGAGAGAGCGGGCGCCUCACCUAUGAGAUCGUGGAUGGCAACGAUGACCACCUGUUUGAGAUCGAUCCGUCCAGCGGCGAGAUCCGCACGCUGCACCCCUUCUGGGAGGAUGUGACCCCAGUGGUGGAACUCGUGGUGAAGGUGACCGAUCAUGGCAAGCCCACCUUGUCCGCCGUGGCCAAACUUAUCAUCCGCUCAGUGAGCGGCUCCCUGCCUGAAGGGGUACCGCGAGUGAACGGGGAGCAGCACCACUGGGACAUGUCUCUGCCUCUCAUAGUGACACUGAGCACGAUUUCUAUCAUCCUCCUAGCGGCCAUGAUCACCAUCGCUGUCAAGUGUAAACGGGAAAACAAGGAGAUUCGCACUUACAACUGCCGAAUCGCCGAGUACAGCCACCCUCAGCUAGGCGGGGGGAAGGGCAAGAAGAAAAAAAUCAACAAAAACGAUAUCAUGCUGGUGCAGAGCGAGGUGGAGGAGAGGAACUCCAUGAACGUCAUGAACGUGGUGAGCAGUCCCUCCCUGGCCACCUCCCCUAUGUACUUCGACUACCAAACCCGCCUGCCCCUCAGCUCGCCCCGGUCAGAGGUGAUGUAUCUUAAGCCAGCUUCCAACAACCUGACUGUCCCGCAGGGGCACGCAGGCUGCCACACCAGCUUCACCGGACAAGGGACUAAUUCGAGCGAGACCCCUGCCACUCGGAUGUCCAUAAUUCAGACAGACAAUUUUCCCGCAGAGCCCAAUUACAUGGGCAGCAGGCAGCAGUUUGUUCAAAGUAGCUCCACGUUUAAGGACCCAGAAAGAGCCAGCCUGAGAGACAGUGGGCACGGGGACAGCGAUCAGGCGGACAGUGACCAAGACACUAACAAAGGCUCCUGCUGUGACAUGUCGGUUAGGGAGGCACUCAAGAUGAAAACUACUUCAACUAAAAGUCAGCCACUCGAACAAGAACCAGAAGAGUGCAUUAAUUGCACAGAUGAAUGCCGAGUGCUUGGUCAUUCUGAUAGGUGUUGGAUGCCACAGUUCCCUGCAGCCAAUCAGGCUGAAAAUGCAGAUUACCGCACAAAUCUCUUUGUACCCACAGUUGAAGCUAAUGUUGAGACUGAGACUUACGAAACUGUGAAUCCCACUGGGAAAAAGACUUUUUGUACAUUUGGAAAAGACAAGCGAGAGCACACUAUUCUCAUUGCCAAUGUGAAACCUUAUUUAAAAGCCAAACGUGCCCUGAGCCCUCUCCUCCAAGAGGUCCCCUCAGCAUCUAGCAGCCCAACCAAGGCAUGCAUUGAGCCUUGCGCCUCAACCAAAGGCUCCCUGGAUGGCUGUGAAGCAAAACCGGGGGCCUUAGCAGAAGCAAGCAGCUCCUACCUGCCCACUGACAGUCAGUACCCGUCACCCAGUAAGCAACCAAGAGACCCUUCCUUCAUGGCUUCUGAUCAGAUGGCGAGGGUCUUCGCGGAUGUGCAUUCCCGAGCCAGUAGGGAUUCCAGCGAGAUGGGAGCUGUGCUGGAGCAGCUGGAGCAGCCCACCAGAGAUCUGGGCAGAGAGUCGGUGGAUGCCGAAGAAGUUGUGAGAGAGAUUGAUAAGCUCUUGCAGGACUGCCGGGGAAAUGACCCUGUGGCUGUGAGAAAGUGAGGGGGAAAAGGCAUUGGUGUUUUCUUGUCUCUUCUGUUGAUUUGAAAAUGAUCACUUCCUGUGAAAACCCACUUUACAGGGAUGGCAAAGGACCAGUGCUGCUUUAAGGCUUUUAGUGAACAUCUGAAGUGCCCACAAGUAUGUUCUUUUCACUGCUGUUUCUUUUACAGAAAUAACAAUGGUUUUGACCAAACUUAUAUUAGGACAGAAUUAAUGACGCUUAAGGAGAAAGGAGAAAAGAGAGAGAGAGAGAGAGAGAGAGAGAGAGAGAGAGAGAGAGAGAAGAAAUUGGAAAGACGAAAAAAAGGAGGAUGGGACAAGUUACCUUUUGACAAUCUGUUAGGAAGGUAUGCAGUGUGAGACUUAAUGUAUUUCUGAUCACUCUAAGACUGUCCUCCCACGAGAUCGAUGCUGACUUAACUGUUUACCUAGAAACCCAUACAAAGCAGGGUCAUAUUUGUUAUCUGUGGUGGACUACUAGCUGACAUCACAGGCUUCUACUGAAAGUCCCGAAAAGACCUUGCAGUAGUCCAAGCUACACCAAACAUUAACACAUAUUUGUGGUAAACAUUUCUGUAUAAAGUACCUGCCAAGCAUAGAAACACAAAGACCAUUCCAUACCAUUAGUCAGAAAGCAAAAGAAAAAAAAUAUGUAAUAAUAACAAAACAGAAAAAAAAAUAAAACAACAAAAACCCUUGGUCAUUUGUAAGACACCUCAUGUCAUAUAAAAGUUCAAUGUAAAAAGAUAUAGUCUGUGUUGUCCUGAACACAUGUAGACCUAUUCACUUCAUUAAAGAAGAAAAUUUUGAAAAUUUAAAAAUGUCUAUUUAGCAUUUUAGUGUCCAACAAAGAUAUAAGUAACAGUGAGUUUAUUUUACAUUUGAACAGUUCUGAAUUAUGGGUUAUCAAUGAGUAGUAAUACUGAGAGAAAAUUAACAGAACUAAAAUGUUUUAAACAGUUUUUGGACACUAAAAUAGCUCAGGAACGUGAAAAAAAAAGACAUAGACAUAACAAAUCACAUGACCAUUUAAAUGUGCAGAUGUAAGAAGAUUCAAUGUGUUUACAUCAAAUGACAUAUUUUUAUUGAUUUAUUGCAGAUUCCGUGCAUAUGAGCCAAACUGUUGAGUGUAUAAGAGCUAUAUUGUGUAUUUUAUUAAAUUAAUAUAUAGUUGUGUUGCAGAACUCUUUGGGCUUAUAUUGUAAAUGGCGAGUGUUGCCUCGGUAGCCGUCGAACUCUAUGAGUUUUGUUUUCUCCCUGCUUCCUUUUCCCUGUGGAGCGUGGGGAGCAGGGCCUCAGAGCGAAGUCUCUUGUUUAAUGUAUAGUCUACCAAGUAUACAGUACACAAUUCUGUUCAAAGUCUGUUUGAGUGAGCCGAUGGAGCUAACUGAAAGGUCAGAAAACUACAUCUGUCAGUCAUAGUUCCGCGCAAGUCCUUGUAGAAAGCUUUGAUUAAAGUCAUGCUAAAUCACAAAAAUUACAUUUGUACCGAUACCUGGAAGUUUCCCCCCUCCCCCUUGCUCUCCAUAACAUGAAGCUUCUGCCUAUGUAGAUAUCAUAACAUUGGUUGGCUCUCAAAGUAUCUUCAGUGGUUCCGGUGUGUGUACACAUCACAUACGUAAGCGUAUGAAGUGUUCUAAUGCAUGUGUAGUACCAGUGCUGGUUACAUGCGUUGUGUGUUGUGUCUCAGGAGGUCUGGGUCUUAAACAAAAUGAGGUUUUUAACUUUAUCUCUGUGUUCUUCUGCCUGUUUUUAUUUGUGUUCUUUGAGAACAAUACCCAUUAUUCCAUCAUUGGGUUCACCUUUUCCUGUGGCAUUUAGCAAGUUUCCAACUUCCUUCCUUAUGAGGCUAAGACAACUCUAAUUUCAGGAAUUGGGAAAAAUAAAAUUAGUACUCACAGAAGUAGUAGCAGAUGGGGAAAUGCCUUGAUUGACAUUUCUCUUCAGCAUUUUUUUUUUUUUUUUUGCAUUUAACAGCUUCAUGGCAAACAGUUUGAGCCCAUACCUUGGAAAAUGUGGUGCUGACUUAAAUAAAGGCUGUUUGUGCUCUGGAGCAGGAAAAAAAUUAUUAUUUGCAAACUGGGAGGGAUUUCUGUGCCUUCUUUUCUGGCCACCAAGCCAGUGUAGAAAUAAUAUAAAUGUCAAGAAUAAUAAUAACCUUAUACUAAAAACGAACAGAAAAGCAAAACAAACUUUGAACUAAAUUAAGUUCUUUAAUUCAUAAAAAAAAAAAAAUCUGCUGGAAAUCUUUCCAUCAUUUCAGGAAAGUUAGAUUGUAUGUCACUCACAAAAUUGCUUUGGGGUUAAGAGUGGAUGAUCCCCUCAGCCUUAUUCUCUUGAGAACUGCAUUGGGGUCUUGGUAAAAGCCUCUCUACAUUUCUACUCCUGCUUUUUGUUAUCCAUCCAUGUUUUUAAUUAGAAAAAAGGGGAUCGUGUACAUGUGAAACCCAAGUGACCCUAUAUUUUGGACCAUUUAUGUAUCUACAAUGUGUGUCUCUGUUCUAUGAUGUUGCUUUUACCAGGAGACUACAAAUUGAUUUAGCUUGAUAGAUAGUUGAAAGUUGUUGAAAAACUGUUUCCAUGUAGUCAUCUUGAGCUUUGCCUCUCUCUCACUAUUCAGAUAACCACUUUAGUGACAUCUCAAGCAGUGUGCAAGUAAACUCAACACAAACAAUAGGUUUAGUUUUUGAGACUUCUUAGUUCUAAGUAACCAGCUGUUCAAUGUAUUGUUAAGUGUCUGAAACAUUGAAACACCAUAUAAGUCUCAGAAUUGGUUGUGCCAACACGUGAUGGAUUGACUCUAAGCUGUCACCAGUGGUCUGCUAGUGUUAGCUGUUUAAUACAUUAUCUGUACUUAAUAGUGAUUAUUUAUUUACAAGUUGAUGGUAGUUCAAGUCAGGACUCUGAGCUUUUAUAGCUGAGGGAAUCUUGUUUUUAUUCAUCUCCCUGGGACCUGCCUUUAACACAGAACUCUGGUGCUUGGCUUCCAUGGAAGCCUUUGUGAUGCCAAAAUCAUACCGUUGGGGAAACAAUGGCUGUAAUGGAUGGUACAUAAUUGGGGGGAGUUGAGGGGGUUUCUGGAAUUUAGAAUGCUUUACACACACACACACACACACACACACUGAAAAAAAAAAGUCCUUUAAUUCUUUAGAGGUAUUUAAAGAGGAAAACUGUUCAUUUUGGGAAAUUUUAGCAAAAGACACAAAACGGAAAAAAAAAAAAUAAGCAUAGUGGUGAACUAAAGACAAAACAUCAGUAAUGAAAUCUUUUCCCCAUUUGUUAAUGAGGAAUAUGUUUUCACUAAAAUUCAACAUAGUAAGAAUUACUGUUAUGCUAUAUCAAAGUAAACACCGAAGAGACGUCUAUAUUCUCAAAGAAGGUUCUCAUGUUGUUUCUUUACCAGACAAACUUAUCCUUAUGGAAAACAACACAAAAAACUAGACCUUGUUCCAUCGAUUCACUGAAUUACUGGGAGAGAAAUUGAUUAUUGCUUUCCUGAAAUUACCUAGGCUCUUGUAAAACAUGACUUUCCUUUUAAGGAUGUAGGCACUGCUCAAAAAAAAAAAAAAAAAAAAAAAAAAAAA